UUUAUUAAGGAAUCCCCGCCCAACUUGGCCUAACAGCAUUGUCGAGGUUUCCAUUCCGUGAAAGGAGUGCGUGCAGUUUGGAUUGCCAGUUUCGAAGGCCAUAAUUUUAAGGUUCGCGUGCUAAAAAAUUGAAGAAAAUGGCUGCAGAUCGCUCAAAGCUUGUACACCGAGCCAAGUUUGCAGAACAGGCGGAAAGAUACGAUGACAUGGCUGAGGCUAUGAAGACAGUGACCGAGAUGGACGAAGAACUUUCAAGUGAGGAAAGGAAUCUCCUGUCUGUUGCCUAUAAGAAUGUUGUUGGUGCAAGACGGUCUUCUUGGAGAGUAAUUUCUAGUAUAGAACAGAAGGCUGAAGGAGAAGGCAAGAAGCAGGAUCUAACCAAAGAGUACCGGAUGAAAAUUGAAACGGAGCUAAGAGAUGUAUGUAUGGAGGUCCUAAAUCUUCUUGACAAGUAUUUAAUUCCAAAGUGUAAUACUGAAGAUCCAGAAAAAGCUGAAUCGUCUGUUUUUUACCUAAAGAUGAAGGGAGAUUAUCACAGGUAUCUUGCUGAAGUUGCUUCUGAAAAGGAUGACCGCGAUGAGGUUGUUAAGUUGGCUGAGGAUGCCUACGAGAUGGCCUUCGAUACUGCCAAGGCACAUUUAGGCCCUACUCAUCCAAUUCGCCUUGGGUUGGCACUCAAUUUUUCAGUUUUCUUCUACGAGAUAAAGAAUGAUCCUGAGGAGGCAUGCCAGAGGGCUAAAACUGCUUUCGACGAUGCAAUUCAGGAGCUUGAUGACAAUGUCUCACGAGAUUCCUAUAAGGACAGCACGUUGAUUAUGCAGCUGUUGAGAGACAACCUAACCCUGUGGACUUCUGAUCAACAGGCUGAUGAAGAUGAUGCAGACAAUUAACGGAAAUCUAGGACUUAAAUUAAACCCUAAAUUUUUUCACUUAACUGUUACAGAAUUUGUUUCAUAUAAAUCCAGUGGGCGGCGAGUUUAUCGCUAAGUUUCAACGAUGCAGACGCCAAACAACGUCUGGGUGAAAUUCGACGAGGAACGCUGUUCGUGGACUCAUCUAUUUGGCAUUUGACAGUAAAUAAACAAAAAUUAAAAAAAGUAAAGAAGCAAGGUAGCUUUGAUAUUAGCUCCUUCCUAGAUAUUUUGAGGCAAUAGGAAAAUACAUUAAUAAUAUUGGAAUUUUUUGCCACGCCCAAUCGUUGAAUAUGUUACCCUACAACAAAAGGCUUUGCGUGGAUUUUUCUUUUGCCCCGCCUGGCGCUUUCACAUCGGUGUUACGCUGCAUUACUGCCAAAACAGGCCCUUUAAUUUCCUUGAUGUUGUUGUCAAACCCUGAAUGUAAACGACUAGACAAAACAUAACCAAAUAUUAAAGAGAUAUUAGCAACUCAAAAAUUUAGAAUUCUUCCUAUUUUAAAGAUAAAACCCAAACCUUCUUCAAUGCUAUGGAGACAAUUCAUUGAAUAAUUGGAAGGUACUCAUCAAUUAUUUUCAAAUGAUCCAGGAUUUGUUUGCCUGGUUGGUUCCAUGCCUUAUUCUUUUUUAUGUUGCUGUAGACUGCAGUUAAAUUGAAUUUCAUUGAUUAGCAAUUAAUUAUGAAAGAUUGAGUGAAGUAAUCUAGCAAUUGUUUAUUUUCAGCUAGGGGAAAUAUGCAAGUUCUUUGUGACAAAAAAAGAAAAAUAUCUUGUGGGUUGUAUCAAGAUCAGUGUGAUGGAAAAUCUACCAUACUGUAGAUCUUAUUCAGGGGCGUAACUGUUUGCUUUGAGCAAAAAGAAUGCUCAUCUUGAAAGUGGGUUUAAUGGGAUUUUAGGGAGGAGAAAUUUGUUAAUGAUUGGGAAUAUUUGUGUUACCCUCCAGAAACUAGGGUUAAAAGCUCAAUGCACAAUCAUUCAUAACAUCAUCACCUUUAGUUUAUAAAUACGACAAUGGUUCAUAAGUAGUGACUGUUUUUUCUUUGUUACACAUAUUAAUAGUGACUUUUUUUGCUGUGAAUUUUGCAGUUUUUUAACUCUCUUGUUUUUUGUACAGUGCUUUCUCAUACCACAACCAUUAAUUUAGAUUUCAUGUUAAAUUUUUUGGAUUGCUUCUUCAUCAUUGUAUUUAUUUAAGUAUAUGAAAGUGCAAGGAAUCACAAAUGCUACCAUUCAUUGUGCCUUUGACUUUACCUUCUGUAAUUGUUAGACUUGGUUUUUAUUUCAAACUUUUCUGCUAUUUUACAAGGCUUGUUUAUUUGUCUGUUUU